AUGUCAUUUAAAUGAGGCCAAAAGUGAGAACUCUUGCGGCAUUGCUCUUUCGUUCAUCGUCCACAAGAACCCACCUUGAGGAAGAGGAACGAAGAUGACGGCAAUGGCGGUCUGCGCGACGAAGCUCUCGAUCUCUGCUUUUGCUGUCUGGCUACUUCUUCUCGCCGCAAGCGUCGUGCACGGCGAAGUUCAUUACCAUGAUUUCGUCCUGAAGGAGAAAAACUACACGAGGCUGUGCAGUACAAAGAGCAUGCUGGUCGUUAACGAAAGUUUUCCAGGACCGACCAUUUAUGUGAAGAAAGGGGACACUCUGUACGUGAACGUAUAUAACCAAGGUAGCUACGGCAUCACUAUACACUGGCAUGGAGUGAAGCAGCCGAGAAAUCCAUGGUUCGAUGGGACCGAGUACGUGACGCAAUGUAGAAUUUCGCCGGGGACGAAUUUCACGUAUCAAGUUUUGUUUUCGGAAGAGGAGGGGUCGCUGUGGUGGCACGCCCACAGCGAGUGGGCAAGGUAUAGUAUUCAUGGCGUCAUUGUCAUCCAACCUGCCGACGGAACGUCCUAUCCAUUUCCGCAGCCUGACGGCGAGAAAGUGAUAGUGCUUGCGUCCUGGUAUACGGAGGAUGUUUAUGCGUCCAUUGCGGAGAGCAUUGCCGAAGGGAGGGACUUACUGGCGUCUGAGGCUUACACCAUCAACGGCGAACCUGGCGACUUCUGCGAUUGCUCCAAUGAAACUACGUACAGGUGGGCGGUCGAGUAUGGCAAGACCUAUCUCCUUCGCUUACUUAACGCCGACAUGAAUGCUGAGCUCUUCUUCGCAAUCGCGGACCACAAAGUCACCAUCGUUGGAUCUGACGCGGCGUACCUCAAACCUUUUUCCUCGGAAUUUGUCUUGAUUAGUCCGGGACAAACCAUAGACGUCCUGCUCACGGCCAAUCAGCCUCUGGGCAGGUAUUACAUCGCCGCCAGGCAGUACUAUAGCAGCAUGUUCAAAUACAGCGGGUACGAUCACACCAAUGCAACUGCGAUUCUCGAGUACAGUGGGAACUACACUUCCCCGUCAACUCCCGUCUUCCCGUCCGGUCUUCCACCGUACACGGACUAUGAAGCCGCCACAAGCUUCGUGAAAAGCAUGAGGAACUUAAUCCAUCCCGUUGAUAUUCCUAUGAAUAUAACCACUCGCAUGUUCAUCACCGUGUCGCUCAACCAAUUCAUGCUCAAAAUCAAUGAUACGACUGAAGAAACUUACCCAUCUGCGAGCGUAAACAACAUCAGCUGGUAUAAUCCUUGGACCGACGUACUACAAGCAUAUUACAGGAACGUCAGUGGCUUCUACACGACGGAUUUUCCAGACGAUCCACCAACUUUCUUCAACUUCACCCAACAUAAUUUGCCUAUGAACACUACGGUUGAACCGGAGAGAGGGACCAAGGUGAAGGUCCUCGAGUACAACGAGGAGGUGGAAAUAGUGUUUCAGGGCACCGACGUGAUGAACUCGUCCAUUAAUCAUCCGAUGCAUCUCCAUGGCCAUAGCUUCUAUGUGCUUGGUACGGGUUUUGGCAUCUAUAACAACGAGACCGACCCUCGAACGUUCAAUUUGGUCGAUCCUCCUUAUCAAAACACUGCUUCAGUACCCAAGGACGGAUGGCUUGCCAUUAGAUUUAGGGCAAACAAUCCCGGAGUGUGGCUAUGGCACUGUCACUUAGAUAAACACUUCACCUGGGGCAUGAACGCUGUGUUCAUCGUGAAAAACGGUGGCACUGAGGACACGAGCAUCCGCGAUCCCCCGGCUUAUAUGCCCCCGUGCUAUCCCGACAACAAACUUUGGCUCGAGGAGUACUCCGAUUCGGACAAGAAGUUAUACUCGACUUCAAUGUGAUCAGACUUGAUACCUCUUUGAGGCAUAUGCGCAAGAACUCUCUUCCUUUGCUGCCGUAAGCAUUUCUGGUAAAUAGUUGCAUCAGACGUCGGUCAUUGAAAACAGUUUGAUUGUGCCAUUAUAUAAGUUAAUAACUCGAUUUAGUCCACUUAUCGGCAUAAUCGAAGGUUCAUGGCUAUGGAAGCCCUUGGUCUGUCUUAUAACGAACUUGAGAUGAUUUUUGGUUCUUCUGUGUAUUCUCUGAUUUUUAUCAUAUUAUUAGGUCUGUUCU